UCGGUUUUUGAUAUUGGGGUUCCGGUUUCUCUUCGAUUUGAACAGCAGUUAUACGCCUCUGCUGAUCUUGAAUAGCCGCGAAACCUAUGUCGCUCCACUUGUAACCACAGUAUCAGAUCGAUUAGGAUUUUGACAACUGAAAUGUGCAAAACUAUCGGUAUAGACGGUUUUGCAUACGGUUUUCGGUUUCGAUCGAAUUUUUUUGCGCUUUUGCGGUUUCUAAUAGACCCCAAUGCCCCCCUCGAUAACUUACAUAGCAAUUCUAUUUCUAGAAUCGUUUCCGUCUCACCGCUUCUGAACUGUCUAAAGGGAUUAUAAAAGUAAGCGUGCGCAGCAACGCACGAAAGCUAUUUUAAACCUUGGUUUCAGAAGGUUACGAUUACUCUGUAUGCUCACUGGGAAGCGCCGGCUCUGGGGAGUUUGACUGCUUCUUAGCUUCGUCGUUCCGCAGAAGUCUGAGUUAGCAUUGAAUGGGAAAACAUCAGUCUACGUGAUUGUAUAUCGUUCAGGGUGCGUCGUUUGUUUAAGGCCACAAUGGAUCACAUUCUAUGGACCAUGCUCUUUACGGUUUGUGUGAUCGCGACAAGCUCACAAGCUUCCACGUGUUUUGAUGGAUAUUGCCAGAACGGUGGAACAUGUUCAAUUUUUCAGGGGAAAGCUAAUUGCAGUUGUUCAUCAAAUUUCACUGGAGACAAUUGUCAAUAUGAUAUGGAUGAAUGCCAAGUGAAUAGUCAAUGCAAAAAUGGUGGAACUUGCUCAAAUACUUUUGGUGGCUACAUUUGUAGUUGUAUAUUUGGCUGGGUUGGACCUGAUUGCUCCAUCAAUGAGGAUGACUGUGUGUCUUUUGGAAAUACUCCCUUGUGUUUCAAUGGUGGCACGUGUGUGGAUAGAAUUGGAAAAUUUGAUUGUAUCUGUCCUCCUGGAAAAGUGGGUCCUGUGUGCCAGUUUGAUGAUCAAUGUUUUUAUAAACCUUGUUAUGGAGAUGCUAUUUGUUCAAUUGAUGCAUUUGGACAAUAUAGUUGCAAAUGUCCAAGAGGGUGGACUGGUGAGAAUUGCAGUAUUGACAUUGAUGAGUGCAAGCGGGAUAUAAUCACACCUUGUCACCAUGGUGGCACCUGCAUCAACUCUCCUGGAUCUUUUACAUGCAUUUGUGUUCCCGGUUACACAGGUCAACAAGUCUGUGUAAAGUUAGUGGUCGACACGUCAUCGGCAUCCACGCUGCUGUUACUAUCAGCGCUAGUAUCACUACCAACAUCAACACCAACUCGAAUAUCACCGAAACCAUCGGUAGUAGCAUCAAUAUCACUGAAGCCGGAACUACCCACUAGAGCUACCACUACAAUAUCGACAGGUCUGUGGAAUAACAUCCCCACUGUAACAGCUGCCACGGUUUUGCCUGCUGUUAAGAAGACGUUAACAAACUUGUGCGCGCGCGACUCGCGUGCGCGUGCUUUGAGGUUACGAAGCAAUCUCGUAAUUGAUCCAGAAGUUACAAUUGAUGGUGAUAAAGAGGAGAUUGUGGCCAAGGGCGACGAUAUCAAGAUAACUUGUCGGCAUAAGGCUCUACCUCCUGCGUCUGAGUUGCAGUGGAUAAAAGAUGGAACGGUGAUUUCGACAAAUUCUACAAUAGUGAUCAAUAACCCCCGCCUGAGUAUUCCGCACUUCAAUGAAACCCUCAUACAGCUGUUAAUCAAUACAUCCAUCUUAGCGGAUAGUGGGAAUUACACCUGCAAUGUCACAAAUGACGCAAAUAGUACAUCGGACUCCAAAUCAAUAAUCAUUGAAGAUGCAUCUGGAAUCUUGGAAAAUCCAAAGAAUGCCAUCAUAGUUGAAGGAGAAGAAGCUGGAUUUAGUUGUGUGUUAGAUGGAAAUCCUUCACCAAAAGUUACUUGGACGAAGAAUGAGGAAAAACUUAAUAUAACACAUCUGCGACUAACAGCGUCGUCGCAGAACAACAAGCACAGUUUAACAAUCACAAAUGUUUACCAAUCGCAUUCAGGACAAUACAUGUGUGUGGCUUUUAAUAAUUUUCCCAACUUGACUUCAUCUCCAUGGACUUUAACAGUGCAAUUCCCCGAGAGAAACAACGAGGAUAAUGUUUCCAUGCUGGAAAUUACACCGGGCAUCAUGAAUCAGCUGAGAGAUCAUAGCCAGCAGAUCUCUAUAGAAGCGCCAGCGGAAGUGCCAAACUCAGGGGCAGAAGAGGUUGCGGUUGUUGACAAUGAGACAUAUCUAAAUCAAAUGGAAAUUGACAGAAACUGGGAAAUUCCUCGAGAAAGACUGGAAAUUUUAGAAACGAAACUUGGUGGAGGAGAGUUCGGAGUCGUCAAGAAGGGAAACUAUUUGAGAGGAGAUGGGAACAAAUUACCCGUCGCUGUUAAAAUGUUAAAAGGUUAG